CGCCGAGCGCGAUGUAAAUUGGUAAGUGGUAUUGAAUAGGUUACUACUUUGUCAUGUGGCAACACGGACAGCUCGAAUGACAGCUCCAAUGGCGGGACGGAAGCACAUUGGCGCCAUUGGAAGAAAAGCAAGGUACGUGCACGUGGCGUGAGACGGCGCGGGGUGUAUGAAAUGAGGAGUACAUGUAGCGCCUCCACGCCGUUACAGGAGCCUGCCCUGGUGAGUGUUUAUACACAUAUUUAUACUUGUAUAAUCGACAAUACUAGCUACAUGGGAGUGGAACAAAGGGUUAGCCAACGGCCUUUGGUUAACGUAGUUUCACUAAGUCGUAGUCCAAUCCUGAGGUGUCUACCUAGACAAAUAAUACAAGGACAUUGGACUGGGGAGCGUAGGGCUCCCCGGAGUGUGUACCGGAAGCACACAGGCAAAGCAUGUAGUACGGUCGGUUAUGAGUUGGAGUAAGGGUCGGGUCUAGUGGGGGCAGGCUUAUGGAGGACCCCGUGGGGGCAGCGCCCCCACGUCCAGGUGGUGUGUAGGACACCAGAGUACUAUAUGUUCAGCUAGUACUUAGUCUGGAGGCGAACCGAUCGUACAGGGAGAGUCACUCUGGAUAGGCCAGUAGACUUGACUCUCAUUAACAGACGUGCGAUGCCAACUCUGGAGUAAAUAUACAUAUAACAGUGUGGUCGAAAGCGACCCCUUCUCCUACUCUCAUGUAGCAUGGCGUUAUAUGUAUUACUGAUAUGAUGAACCCUUGUUGCCCACGCAGAUCUAUACCCAAGUCGGAUUCAGGCAUGUGUGUUACACAACGUCGGGUAUAAAGGGGGCGACAAGAAAUGGUGAAGAUGAUCUGGGAUUUGUGAUGACGGGAAGCCAAAUCAGUUUUGGCUAUUCCAUCUGUAGAUCAUUUUAAAACAGGUCCUUGUUGCCAAGAUAGUCAAAUUAAUUUUUGAAUUGGUUGAGCUCAAGGUACUUGGGUGACGUAUUUUAUUUCGAAAAUAUGUCCUAUAUUAAUCAUUGUUUAUUUCACAGCUUGCGACGAGAUCAAUAAAUAAAUGGAAAAGGAGCAAGUUGUUUUAAUUUAAUAGCAUGUUUAUUUUAACCUAUUUCAUUUAGACGGUAAAAGGGUGCACCCUAGGCUAAGCUAGAUUAAGUAUAGACUUUAAUAAUUAUUACGUAAUUUUUUGUUAUGUUGGCCAUAUUGUAUUUUAUACAGUUGUCGCAAGACGUAGUAACUAAUUAUUAUUCUGUGGUUUACUUAUCUGUGAUCUCAAGAGGACGUUCGGAUUCGAUCAUUUAUUUGCAGUGACAAAUAAAUCAACCAGGAAAAUUAUUUUUAUAAGACAAACAACAAUUAGUAAUCCUUAUUAAGCAGAUAAUACACAUAAUUUGUAAUAAUACAGGUGUAUUUCGCGUGUCGAUUGGAUUUACUAUUUUGUGACAGUCAAGGAGUCUUGCGAACGCGAUCAGGAAUCGGAACGCACCAUUGCACUGCUCUGCUCUGUGGCGAGUAUCAUCGAAGUUGAAAGGAAAAAAAUCAGAACUUUCGCGGUAUUCAAAGUUGCAAAUGCAAAGUGAAGUGAGUUUAGCGAGAAGAAAGUGUCUUAUUUAGUGUAUUAAGAGAUAUCUCAACGCCCUGAGAUUUAAGAUUCCAGUUUGGCAAAGGGAAUUAUUCUCAAAGCGAGUUGCAGCAACAUUUCAGCUGCACCAAAGUAGGGAAUAUACCCGGCCAAAUUGGAAAUACUUAGUUCACGAUUCGUGGGCAUUUUCGGUCCGCCGCCCGGGACAAGGGAGUAAAAAGUUUACUCGUACAACAAAACGACUGACCGGGUGAGUUUGUUGCCGAUGAUCUAUGUAUUUUAUCGAAAACAUUUGACAUAAAAACAUCAAAGGAUUGCGUCGAAGAAAGCAAAUGGAUGUACGGCAGUGCCUCCGCCAAGAAGUAUAACUACCUACUUUUAAAAUUUUAUUGAAAAUAUAAACUUGAUAUAGACUAAUAAUUAUUUAUAAAUGAAACUGUAGUGUAGUGCAAUUAGCCAAUUGUUUUAAUUAUUUUCAGCCGUCACCAUGGCAAGCUUAUACAGCCGAGUAAAGUUGCGCCAUGAGCGACUAACAAAAGUUACUGCGGACUCCGAAGCCCUCUUGCAACAACUUCAGGCUAAUGGAGCCGUUAGUGAAGACCAGUUCACAGGACUCCAUAUAAAAUUACGACAGUGCUUGGACAGCUUCGAAAGAGAGAUCUUUCAGUACCUAAGGGUUGUACCGGAGGCGGACAUAGUUGGCAUGACCGAGGACCAGCUCAAGGCCGAAGACAUAUUGACAGACCUAGAAACGGCAUGCCAACUCAACAAAAGGCGAAAUGAGUCAGUCAACAAGUCGAAGUUGCCAGAACUGAGCCUGCCUUCCUUCUCCGGUGACCACUUAAAGUGGUGCGAAUUUUGGGACCGAUUUGUUGCUAACGUGGAUCAGAGAAAUUUACAGGAAUCUGAAAAGCUUAUGUACCUCCUGAGCUGCCUGAAAGAUUCAGCGUUAGAGACCGUAUCCGGAUUAGCUGCAACCAACGCAAACUAUUCUGUUGCCGUUGAAACCCUAAAGAAACGGUACGGCUCAACACACACCCUCAUUGAUGCUCAUUAUUCAGCCCUUAACAGCCUCCGGAAGGCAGAUUCUACUAGCGCGAGUUGCCGGAGCGUGCUGGAUAAUAUAGAGCACAACAUCCGUGUGUUAGAAAAGCUCGGAGAGCCGAUUGGAGGGAACCAUCUGAGAUCCCUGGUAUUAUCAAAGUUUCCAGAGAAGGUCAUCCACGAACAUCAUCUGAUAGGAGGAGGUACUGAUUUGUCAGCCAUACGAAGUAGCUUAGACAGGAUUAUAACAGCUAUGGAGAAAUCCGCCUCUUCUGUGGGUGACACUGAGUUCAUUGCCGUACCAGGUACUACGACUGAAGCACUGCAAGUCCGUACUGAAGUCAGACCAUCAAGUAGCCGUAAACGAAAACAUCCAGGAAACACUGGUGCACAACCUCCGAAGAAGGCACUAAGAUCAUGCUUGUUCUGCCAGGGGAAAGGACAUGCAAGCAGGGACUGCCGUAAAUACACCACAGUAGAAGCCAGGCAAAAACAAGUGAAGGGAAGGUGCUUGCACUGCCUCCGACGCAAUCAUGCAGCAUCAUCCUGCAAACGCAAGAUUGCUUGUUUCCGCUGUAAAGGAGAUCACCUGAUCUUAUUCUGUCCCAACCCAGCUCCCGUUGGUGAGAAAAGUGACAUUUUAGAUGAUGAUGCUAUUAAAUCCUUGUGUGCCACAUCUCAUAAAAAUACCUUUUUACAGACCGCAGUGGCAACCCUUCAAAACCCGCUAACUAGGAAGGCCAUCAGAGGAAGAGUCUUUUUGGAUAGUGGAAGCCAACGUAGUUAUAUUACCCGAGCGACUGCAAAAAGGUUAAACCUGCCCACCAAUGAAAAGGAUCUUCUGCUCAUUUUCACCUUUGGAGCCUCUGAACCUCAGCAGACGUCAUCCCCUUCAACUACAGUCAACAUACAGACAAAACGUGAUAUCACCAAACAGUUUACUGUAAAUGUGGUACCCAGGAUAACAGACAGAGUACCAGUGACAUCAUUUGAGUAUCCUGGUGUUGACAUUGUUGCUGAUGAUGGUACGGUUGGAGAGGGGGUUGAUGUACUCAUCGGGAACGACUACUUUGGCGCGAUCCUCACAGGAAGAAAAAUACAGGUUUCAGAAGAUUUUUGGUUAUUGGAUACUGAUUUUGGGUGGGUGCCUUCAGGAAAACUUACUAUCGAAGAGAAAAGCGAAGCCCUCUCGGUAGUCACAUAUUGUCAAUGUCAUACCCCUAACUGCCCGUAUUUCAAUGAGCCAGACUUGCCCCUAAGAAACAUAGAUGUCAGAUUCUUGUGGUCGUUAGAGAACCUAGGGAUUACGGACUCACCUAAAGCUACGAGGCAAGAAGAAGCAGUCCGUCACUUCAAUGAGACUGUCCAAUAUCAAGAAGGCCGGUACUUAGUCAAGUGGCCCUGGAUCGAAUACCCACCAGAUCUGCCAUCAAACUUUGGUUUGGCCUUGGGUCGAUUGAAAAGUAUCCUGAAAAGGCUGGACUUGCCAUUGGUCAAUGAGUAUGAUUCUAUACUGAAAGGACAACUUGACCUAGGGAUCAUUGAGGUUGUAGCGAGAGGACCAGACCUGGACAGAGACCACCCAGUCCACUACCUCGCUCAUCAUAUGGUCAAACAAGAUGGCAAGGGUAGAAUAGUGUAUGACGCUAGUGCCAAAGUUACUGGACAGAAAAGCCUAAAUGAGUGCCUUUACAGUGGACCUUCUAUGUUGGAAGACCUUACUGCAUUACUACUGAAGUUCCGAACAAAGAGGUAUGGCAUACUGGCUGAUGUUGAGAAGGCGUUCCUACAAGUGGCACUUCAAGAGGAUGAUCGUGAUGUUACAAGGUUCCUCUGGUUAAAGGACACAACCAAGGAAGCUACCGAAGAUAACCUGCUAUAUCUGAGGUUCUGCAGGGUACCCUUUGGAGUCGUCGCGAGUCCGUUUUUGCUGACAGCCACGAUCCGUCACUACAUAAGCACGACAAAUAAGGCUUUGCUGGAAAAGGUUGCUGACAAAUGCUAUGUAGACAAUCUAGUGACGGGAGCUGAUGACCUGCAGGAGGCUAAGCAGAUCUAUGAGCAAACUAGAACAACGUUUGAACAACUGUCUAUGAAUAUGAGAGACUGGAUCUCAAAUAACCGGAGUUUCAUGGACAUGAUACCAGAACAUCAUAGAUCGGUGAAACAUGGGCAGGUCAAAGUGCUUGGACUAAUGUGGAAUGUCAAAGAAGACACACUGAAACUCAAUGUAACUGAAGACCAUUUCAGCACAGAUCCUCCGAUAAACACAAAGAGGAAAGUUCUUCGGGCUCUAGCACGUGUGUAUGACCCAUGCGGUUUUGUAUGCCCGCUCAUGUUGUCAAUGAAGCUGAUCUUCCAGAAUAUCUGUGAAAGGAAAUGUAAAUGGGACACAGAACUGCCUACAGAGCUGACACAAUCAGUGGAGAAUGUCAUGGAAAGCUUGAAGUCUAUAGUGGUUACAGAGAUACCUAGGUAUGUGGGGACAGAUGUCUCGAGGAAUGGACUUAAGUACCACCUACACUGCUUCACAGAUGCUUCCAAGGACGCGUAUGCUGCGGUCAUCUACCUCAGAGUGGUUGGCGAUGGACAAGGAAAAUCAGUCUCCCUUUUGAUGGCUAAAUCACACGUGUCACAGACCAAAGACAAGGAUGAGUUGAAGAUUCCCAAAUUGGAAUUACUAGGAUUUCUGAUUGGAAGUAGACUCCUGAAAUAUGUAAGGAACCAUCUUGAUCUUGACAUUGAGAAAGAAUAUUUGUGGUCAGACAGUUUGGUCGUACUCAGCUGGAUGAGGUCGAAUAAAUUGCUUCCACCCUUUGUUGCUAACAGAGUGAAUGAAAUAAAGCGUGACCACCCCAACACAGAGAUGUUCUACGUCCACACAAAGCAAAACCCUGCUGACAUUGCGACACGACCCGAACUGUUUGAAGAGAAAAGACAACUUUGGUUUAACGGACCAGAGUUUCUUGUCAAAGAAGAAUCCUGCUGGCCCCAGAAUAGACUCUAUGAGUCACAUCAAAACCUUCUUUCCGUUGGGGAGGUCCUGGGUGACUACCCAGGUGAACCGACACAGGAAGUAUCCACUGGUGAUAACAUUGACCAACGUGAAGCCCUGGAGCAAGAAAGUCCCAGUGAUCCCGACGAACCUAUGGAGACUCAGGAUUUGAACACACACAUAGAGAAUGGUGAAUAUCCUACUGAUGGAACCAUGGAACUUGACAAUCCUGAGAAUCAGAGUGAAGAGGGUAUCCAGCAGCAGACCACUGUUAACAAAAGAGUGUCUGAGAUAAAAGAUCUACAAAAACGUCACUUUCAAGAAGAACUAAAUGGUAAAAGAACACAUUUAGCACGAAACUUAGAUCUUUUUGUCGAUGUAGACGGCCUUCUGAGGUGCCGUGGACGUAUGGCGAAUACCACUUGGAGCUAUGACAUGAAGUAUCCGAUACUACUGCCAAAAAACUCUGAGUUCACCGACAGAGUCAUCAAGGAGACCCAUGAGAGUAACUACCACGUCGGUGCUCCACACACAUUGAGUAUCAUCAGAGAACGCUAUUGGAUACCACAGGGGAAAGCCCAGGUGAUGAAAGUGUUAAAACGCUGCACCCAGUGUGUCAAACACGGAGGUGGUCCAUACCGUUUACCAGCUACGCCGGCACUACCUCCAGAACGAGUGAAUUAUAACACACCUUUCACUUAUACUGGUGUUGACUAUCUAGGACCGCUGUUUGUGAGUACCCAGACUGGCAAAGAGAAGCGAUGGAUAGCUUUAUUCACGUGUUUGACGGUAAGAGCCAUACAUCUUGAGCUUGUAAAGGAUCUUUCAGCUGAAGAAUGUCUCCUAGCCUUGCGACGGUUUAUAGCUGCGAGAAACAAGCCGCAACGGAUAUACUCAGACAAUGCGACUUGCUUCAAGUUAGUUGCUGAAAUGGUACAACAGCCAUUCUGCGUUAAGAAUGACAUCCAGUGGAAAUUCAUAUGUCAACUAGCACCGUGGCACGGUGGAUUUUAUGAGCGGCUGAUAGGCAUGGUAAAACAUUGCCUCAAAAGAACACUGGAAAAACACCUUCUUAACGAUACCAGGCUACUAACAGUGGUGAAAGAGGUGGAAAAUGUGCUUAAUUCGAGACCACUGACAAGAGUCGGCACUGAAGUGGAACAUGUUCUCUGUCCAGCAGAUUUUUUAAGCCUAGGACAAUGUUUAACUAUGAGACCGUCCACCGUGGAUUCACCGACUUGUAACACGGCUACAAAGAGCGACCUUGUUGAAAGCUGGAAGAGAGGGUAUAGCAUUCUGGAGGAAUUUAAAAGAAUGUUCAUCCAACAGUAUCUGGCUAGUCUCAGAGAGAGAUACAAAAACUCACCCAAGCAGCCUAGAGUGAAAUCUCUUCGAUCACCACAAGUAGGCGACCUCGUACAAGUGAAAUCGGACCUCAAGAACAGGAACCUCUGGAAAGUGGGGAAGAUCCACGAACUGAUCAGAGGAAGCGAUGGCGAAUGUAGAGUAGCGAGGGUCAAGACUGACGAUUCUACUUUAACACGUUCUGUUGGCCAUCUGUACCCGCUGGAGGUGGAGGACGAGACACCUGACAUAGAACCCAUGGCGGCAGAUUCUGUUGAGGUCGAGGAGGUCACUGGAGAGGUGGAGGUUCCAAGGAGUUUGAACCCUACACCUGCACUCGAUGAACAACCCGACAUCGAGAUUGAUUCUACGGGUGACUGUGGAGUAUCCAGUCCUGAUGAAGUCCCACCAUCAGGGGAGCAGCCGGAGGAGAGAGGCGUUGGUCGGAGCAAGCGGAGCGCAGCGAUUCGAGCCAGGGAUAAGAUCCUGGAGUGGACGCGGAGCUUGCUCGCCUUGCUGCAAUAAC